AUGGAGGACAAGACCAAGCCGUCGCUCCGGUCGGUCAUCAACAACCUGCAGUCGUGCUUGGACGAGAUGCUGCCGGACCAGCUGCGCAACGAGUCGGCGACCGUCUUCCAGCAGCACCUCGCGAGCCAUCCCUUUGGCAUGGACCCAUGA